CAAUGGUCAUGUGACAGCUCUGCUUUCCUCUCUCGCUCUCUCGACACAGCAAAACCGCCGGCUUUUACCCACAGAAAUUCCAAUCAAGGUAUUUUCCAGAGCAGGGGAGUUGGAACCAGGCCAGCAAGCAGGAACAGGGUGACAGCCAAGAUUCUUGAGUGUCCUGAGCUUGGAAUACAGUUUGGAGAGGAGGAACACAUGGUUUCAUGGUUGGACCCUGACCUGAGAGACCAGGGCUCGAAUCCCCACCCAGCUGUUAAGCUCACUGGGUGACCUUGGGCCAGUCACUGCCUCACACUGCCUUAAAUAACCUUCCUCACAGGGUUGUUGUGAGGAUAAAAAUGGAGAGGGGGAACUAUGUAUGCCUCCUUGAGCUCCUUGGAGGAAAGUUCCUGAAACCGGUCCAGUAUGGACACUGGACAUUAUCUGCAGAGGAUCGGGUACCGGGGCCCCACCCAGCCUUCCCUGGAGACCUUGUGCCAUCUCCACCCUUGCCACCUCCUCUCUGUGCCCUUUGAGAGCCUCGGCAUCCAUUGCAAGGAGCUCAUUGUCCUGGACUUGCCCCUUCUCUACGACAAGAUCAUCCGGCGCCAUCGGGGAGGCUUCUGUUUCGAGCUGAACGGCCUUUUCCUGUGGCUACUGCAGGUGUUAGGAUUUGAUGCCAAAGCUGUGGCUGGGCGUGUCCAGAACCGUUUCACGGGGCGUUAUGGUCCCCCGUUGGACCACAUGGUGAUUUUGGUGCAGCUGGAUGGGCAACGGCUGCUCUGCGACGUUGGCUUUGGUGAAGGUUUUAUGGAGCCGUUAGAAUUGAAGCUCGCAACGGAGCAAGUCCAGGAAGGGGGGACUAAGCAGAAGGGCUUGCAGAAUCUCACCAAAGGUAUCCGUGAGCAGCCUUUCCCUGGCUGGGCCCCAGCAACUGGCAGUCUGCAGGAGGUGUUGCGGCAGCCUGAAUACUAUCCAUAUGGAGAUGCACCAAUGUUCGAGGGCACCUUUGUGCAGGUAACCAAGAGGGGUGAAUACGUUGGCAUCCACGACCAGCCCAAUGUAAUCACCAUGGGUGUUUUAGCCAGCAGCCCAUCUCUACUACUUCCUGACCAGAUGAUCAUGGCCCAAGUAAAGAAAGGUGUCAAAAUCACAAAGGCAAAGGUGAAAGACCUGGAGAUCACUCGGUUGAUCCCUCUACACCUGGUGAAGAUUUUUGUGCAUAACGUGGAUGAGCGACAGCUGAAAGUAAAGUUGGCAACAGGGCAAAUAUAUUAUCUGCAACUCUGUGCCCCCAAAGGGGAUGAGAACUUCCUCUUUGAGCGCUGGAUUCGCCUUGCUUACAUGUUGCACGAGGCCAGCGGCAGGAUCAGUGCUCCAGUCAGCUUCACCUCGAAGGAAUCGGGGCUUCACACGAUACGGACGAGUGCUAGGUUGCGUGCUACAUCUGAGAAGAUUUUCCCCAGAAAGGGUGAGUCUGAAUUAAAUAGGGAAGAAAGACAGGCUGAUGUUUCAGUGGCUGCUGGACCUUCUGAAGUGGGUGCCAAGUCAAUGGCAGCUGGCCCAUCCAGACCAACCAGUCAGCCAGCUCAAAUGACUUCUGAGAAACCUGCAGCCGCAGUUGCUCCUUCUGAGCCAGGGAGUCGGGGCCAGGAAAGUGCCGCACAUUCACAGACAGCAAAUGUGAAAUCCCAGGAGCCUAGCAAGGCACAGAGUACCAGGCCACAGACGCCUUCAAGCCGCUCCCCAAAGAAGGGGCGCUCCACUUCUUGGAGCCCAUCACGGAAGGAAAAGAAGUCUGGGCUACAAGUCCACAGGACAACAGCAUCAGUAGCAGUGGGGCCUUCUCAACAAGGCUGGAAGACUGUGGGUGUGGGGCCCUCCAUGGUGGUUGGCCUGAUUACAAGCAGGCCCCAGAGCGGAGCACUGGGAACAGAUAAAGAAAGUAAAGAACUAGCCAAGCAGAUCCAGCCAAGCAGUGCUGCAGGGAAACAGGAACCCCCCAGGAGCCAGAUGUCCAAGAACAAACUGAAAAAGGCUCUGAGUUCAGCUCGACAAACAAGCAGCCUUACUUUUGGAACCAUCUAUAGUGUCCUGUCCUCAUCUAUGGAGAAACUGAAACUGUCAAAAAGCAGGGAAGAUUCUAAGCAGGUGGCUGUCAAGCCUUCCAAACGUGUAACAAUCUCAGGCGUGAUUGGCCCAUCAGGGAAAAGUGUCCCGGAGGAGAAGAAGGAGGAAGAAGAGGCAGGGAAUCCUGAGCUCCACACAGUUGACAAUCUGAGGAUGGAUGCAGGCUCCAGUGCAGCAGCUAUGAUGGGGACAGAUACAGACCGCCCACCCCCACAGUCCCACGCUUCAAUGGGAGAAGGAGCCCCUGAGGCAAAGAGUCCUGCAGUUGGGGGUGGCAACUCAGAAGCAGCUGAAUUCUCAAGGCCAGGCAGCCAGAUCAUUGCCAGGGAGCCUGGUGUGGCAAACGUGACUUCCCAGAAGUCUGACCAGAUCAAGGAUGUGGGACAGCCCAGCACUCCCCGCCUGGAGGAUCAGGGUUGCCAGGUCUCCGGUUUCCUGCUGGAGUCUCAGGGGAAAAGGGGCCGUCUCCGGCGUUUAAAAAGGUGGAUCUCCUGCUUUUCAGCGGCCCCCUCAGCCACGCAUGCGUGAUUGACACACGCAUACGUUGGGCUGUGGCUGGCCGCCUUCCCGCCCUUUCUCAGUCAGCCGGGGACUGCAGACACAGGAGGACGAAGCGGCUGCCAGCAGGUGCCUCAAGAAGACUCGAGCUGCCGCCGUCAUUGCAUGGAAGCUGCCUUGGCACUGGGUCGACAAGCCGAAAGGAGUUCA